UCUUCCCCCAAACAGUCGGAAUAAUACCAAUAAUAUGCUUGAAAUAGGGGGGGCGUCUCUCCAUUCAUUUCCUCACACAAAUUAACUCACCACAGUAUAUUGAAUCUGAAAUCUCAUCUAUCCAUCCAUUAUGUCUCUCAAAGUUUAUGUAGAUCGCCUUUCACAACCUUCUCGUGCUAUUCUUAUCUUCUGCAAAUUAAAUGGAAUUGAAUUUGAGGAGGUUAAUAUUGAUCUUUCUAAAGGACAACACCGCUCUACAGAAUAUCAAGAAGUUAAUCCCAUGAAGCAAGUACCAGCCAUAGUUCAUGGCACUUUUAAACUUUUCGAAAGUCAUGCAAUUCUUAGAUAUCUAGCUUCUGCAUUUCCGGAAGCUGCUGAUCAUUGGUAUCCGAAUGACGUGCAAAAAAGAGCAAGCGUAGAGUGUGUCUUGGAUUGGCACCACUCUAACUUACGUCGUGGUUCAGCGGGAUAUGUCUUUAAUGCUAUACUGGCCCCUGCAUUUGGAUUGCCUUUGAAUCCACAAGCAGCUGCAGAAGGUAAAAGUCUCCUGUCUGCAUCUCUUGCUACGAUUGAUACCUAUUGGCUGCAGAAAGAUGGAAGCUUUUUGCUUGGAAAUUCCCAACCUUCCCUUGCCGAUCUUAGCUUAGUUUGUGAGAUUAUGCAACUUGAGUUUCUUGAUGAGAAGGAUCGUGAGAGUAUAUUAAGCCCACACAAGAACGUUUUGAAGUGGAUUGAUGAUGUGAAGAGUGCAACAGCACCUCAUUUCGAUGAAAUACAUGCAACCCUCUUCAAAGUUAGAGAGAUUUUGCAGAAGCAGCGAUCUGGUGGAGCAAGCAGUUAGACGUAUCCACAUUUGAAACCUAUUACAAUAUGUCAAGGACUGCAUAUGCCUGCAUUAUGACAUUUUGUGUGCUUUAAAGGAUGCAUAUUUCUUAAGUAUAAUAAAGUGAUGUGUGGUAUGCUUUGUAUUCUUAUUUCUUAAGAUAAUUCUGAGAAUGUUGAGUGGUACUGUACUAAUCUUCUGAAUAAAAGCAGUUCUUAUUUUGU